CACUUGACAGCUAAAAUGGCCCCUUAAUGGACAAUAAAUAGGACUACUACAACGACUACGACUACUACGACUAAUAAUAAUAAAACAUAUAAUUACAGACUGUAAGAGGAUAUGAAAUAUUUAGUAAUAUGUCCAUUUUAUGAAGCUGAAUAAAAAAUAAUUAACGUGAGACUAUACUAAAUUAAUCCGGCAACAGGAAAUGGGCACUCAUAUGCAAAAAUAUAAUGAUUCGAAAAGGAGUUCAGGACCAGCUUGUGGUGGUUGAGCUAUCGGGAGUCAUCAACUCGGACUAUUUAACACAAUGUGUGGACAAGUGCAAGAUAGUGGGAAUAGACACUGAGCAGCCUGUAAUGCAAGUGGGCAGAUAUGUGUUUGCUGGAGAAUAUGAAGAUGCUCUAGGAACAUGUGUCAUAUUUGAAGAAAAUGCAGAUCACGAUUUGGAGUCCGAAGUAAAGCCACAGUUAAAAUAUAAAUGUCAUACAGUGAAAAAACUGAUGAUGAAGCGGACAUUCCUGUCUGAGAAGAAAGAAGGGGAGGAGGGCUCAGGGGGCAUAGAAGUACUCCAGUUAAGUGAUGGAGAUUUUUCAGGCCGCCCCAAUAUGAUCUGCAGUUUUCUUCCGAAGUCCAAAGAAGUGGUGGGAGAAUCCAGUGUUGUGACUGAUGUAGAUCCCACUGAAGUGCCACAUCUCAGCUCUGGCUCUGAAGGUGAGGUCAGUGACUUGGAGCCUGUCGACCUCAGUCAAGAAACGAACUGCUCUGUAACUGACCCGGAUACUUCAGCCUGCGAGCAACCUGAAUCUGACACUGGCAUAACAGAUCCUGUUGUUGCAUGUGAUCCUCUAAAGUGACUGGCUUUCUGUUGCCACAUACAGUACUUGAACAGAUCAAAACAGUGUUAAUGGGCAGUCACUCACACAGCUGACUAAUGUGUUUUGUAAAUGCCAUUUAUCACAUUCUUUCCUGCAUCUCUCUAGCAGUUAGACCAAAUGUGUGUUGUAGUCAAGAGGGCACAGAAUACUGAUGCUUCACUGGGAAUACAAAAGUUAUUCUGGAGAACACUUUGCUGUAAAGUUUCUGCCCCAUGAUGGACUUGGUGGUGGUAGUCUAUAGUUAAAAAAAAAAAAAAAAAAAAAAAAAAAAAAAGCUUACUGUAAUAACAUGGUAAAAAAAAAUAAAGGAAUUGUUUUGUUAAAUUGUUGUUGAAUGAAUGUAUUUCCUACCAAGUACAGUUAUGUUGCAUAUUCUACAAUUAUAGCGUAAGAACAGUUUUUGAGUUUGAGAGGCUUUCAAGGAAGGACCCCCCCCCCCUGCUUCACAAGGAGUUUCACAGUACAUACAGAAAAGGCAUUUAUAGAAUUUGUAUCCCUGGCACUAAAUGGUGAAUGUGAUUUAUUUCUAUUAAGUUUUUUUUGUGUGUGUGUUUUCUCAAGCUGUAGGAUCUAAUGAUAAAUGUUAAGUUUGUAAAUUUAAUGUGUAGUUUUCUUCCAGUGUACAGUAUUUUCAGUCCCUGAUUUUGUGCAGCCUGCAGUAUAAUGAAAACGACCUUCAGUAAUUUAGCUGGGUUUUGAUAAGUUUGCAGCUUUGGACUCUUGUUACCCUGUUCAGUUGAGAAUUGGAACAGACAAUUAUUGUUACCCGGAUGGCAAAUGCUUACAAGCAGCACAUUCUCAUAGAAAAUGAUAUACAUUUACAACACAGGAAUUUACAUUACCAACAUUUCAAGCUCAUGGCCUGCAUUGAAGCCUCUUGCAUCAGCAUGACCACCUGCUUUGACCACUGUUGUUUAUUGCUGUCAUUUGCAACAAGGUAUGCUAUACUUUUACAUAGCAAUAACUGUAUAAAUAAGAAUGUGGGUUUAAUUGUAAUACCUUUUGGAUGUGUAAAAAAAAUAUAGUUAACUUUUUAUUCCAAAGUAGUUCAGCAAUUGAUAGACGGAUACAGUUCCAUUGAUAAUGUCCUUGAUGACUCGCAGAACACAUGAUUCAUCUCCCUGCAGAACCAAUAUAAAAUGAAGCACAAACGUUUUAGAUCUAAUGACAUAUAUGACAACAGUUAGAAUACACUUAAGCACAAAUGUCUACUAGAGACUACUUUGCCAAAGAAGAGAAAAGUCAGCAGAAGGAAGUGUGUUUUCAAUUCGUGUGGCUGUUCACUUACAGCUGUUUGUAACAGAAGCGUCGGGCCAAUGUAACGACAAAGGGAGUUCAGUGGGUUCUAGCAGUAAUACAAGAUCAAGUACUGCCACAUCUAUUCUAAAUGUUCAACUGCAUUAAUGUUUUAAAUGAUUACUGACAAGUGCUUUAAAAUCUUGGUCACUUUUUGUGAUUAUAUGAUGAACUCAAAGAGCCAGUCUAGUCCUACUGUACAUUU